AUGGUCUACCUCGAUUUUGACGGAUCAUCUUGUGGUGCUACCUUGAUUCAUCCGAAAUAUAUCUUGACGGCCGUUCACUGUGUUUACCGGAAACCCCUUCCGAGAAUUAUAAUCGGCGCGCAUGACAAAACAGAUGCAGGGAAUCUACAAGGAAAAGCGAAGAGGAUUAUUCUUUUUCCUCAGUUCUACAAACCGAUUGAUUACAACAACGACAUCGCCAUCAUCGAGCUCGAACAAGAAAUCCAAAUUACCGACCGCGUCCGACCAAUUUGCCUCCCUCCAAAAGACUCCUUUAUCAACCCUUCUGUCGAGGGAACAACAUGCGUCGCCGCUGGCUGGGGAAGUCUUUCUGCCAAGAAAACGAUUCUGCCCGACAAGCUGCAUGAUGUGGACAUAGAACUAAUCGAGCGAGAUACUUGUCUGCAAAUACCGGGUUACACGAAUCAGAUUUCAGAAAAGAUGAUUUGCGGCGGUCAUUUGGAAGGCGGCAAAGAUUCCUGCCAAGGCGAUUCCGGUGGGCCCCUUAUGUGCCAACUAGCUGGUCCUGGUUCGCCAUGGGUUAUCUACGGAAUCACAAGCUGGGGAGUUGGAUGUGCUAGAGCGUAUACACCAGGAGUGUAUGUGAAAGUCUCUGUUUUUAUCGAUUGGAUUGGAGAAGAGACGGGAGUCAAGCCUGGCUUGGAAGUUGAAAGUUACAGAAAUCUGCUCCCGUUUGAACCAAAUGUCAAAACUAUCAAAGAAAUCCAAGAAGAAUCAGCAAAUCCACUUGCAAACGCAAAUUUUGCUUCGAGUUUUCAAUCGGAGGCAGACACAUGGGAGCUCCAGAAUCAUGUGAUUAGCCAGAAAGUCUGUGGUGGCGAGCUUUACGGGCCUUCGGGAGUGAUUACUUCUGACGGCUACCCUUAUCGAUAUCAACCGAAUCAGAGUUUUCUCGACCUCGAUCAUCCCCGCGAAUGCUUCCUCAACGACAACAUCAUGGUCUUCGACUCAAACAACCUCAUCAUCGGAACUGCCCAGUGCUACCUCGCUCCUCGAACAACUUGGACAGUCUCUUCAAAGGGUUUUCUGACGCUUUACUUCAACACGAAUCAGAAAGACGAGGGAACGGGCUUCAUGGUCGAAUACCUGGAGGAGAGUGACAAGGAAAAAGAGCAUGAGAAGAAUUUGAUGGCGACGAGGACUUGCGAUGAAAACUGGCUUUUAGAGUCACAGUCUUCUGAUAUCAAACAAUUUUCAUCACCAGGUUGGCCGUUGAACUACCCCCUCAACACCCAAUGCUUUUGGAAAAUUUCGUCUCCAAGUGAGCUCCACAUUGUCAACCUCCAGUUCAAAUCGAUCGUCAUGGAAGAACCGGAUAGCCAGGGAAACUGCGAGUACGAUUAUGUUAGGGUUUACAGAGGGAACAAUGACUUUGAUUCGACAAGAAAACUCGAUGAGCUUUGUGGAACGCUUUCGACGGAGCUCUUGGCUGAUAAUAUUUAUACUGCUGAUCAAGGGGAGAGCCUGUUUAUCACCUUCCAAUCGGACAACAAAGGCAACGGCCGCGGCUUUUCCGCCUUCUACAUGGCUGCUCUUCCAUCCGUUCUCCCACCAAAUCCAACACUGAGUCCGACAAUGGAAAAAUACGUCGCCCAAAAUACCAAAAACAUAAUCGGCUCAAGACCGAAGAAGAACAAAAAGAAGAAGAAGUUUGGAAGAAACUCGUUGUCUGUUAGAUUAUGGAAAUUGCCAAAAUUUUUACGAAGAAAAAUGAAUGUAUAA